AUGGGCAAGGCGGGUGCCUCAAAGGGUCGCUCCCCAACACCAACAGCCAAGAGUGGAGCAGGUGGAGGAGGAGGAGGUGGAGGAGUUACAAAUGGCGCGCAGCCAACAAAUGCAGCCACACCAACAACAACAACAACAGCGGCAGGAGGAGCAGCAGCAACUGGAGGAGGAGGCGGAGGCGGAGGAGGAGGAGGAGGCGGUUGUAGCCGAUCCACGUUACAUGCGAACAAAACGAUACUGAAAACGGUUUCAGUAUUCCUUGCCAGCGGCAAACGUAACUCGAGCAACCAGUCGAAGGCCGCAGCGGCUGCUUUGCAGAACAAACGACAGCAGCGACAGCGCAAAAUGGACGAACUGAGCGGCAAAAUCAAUCCCAAGCUCUUGGAUAAUCUCCGCAAGAAGACGCGUUUCACCAAAGAUGAACUCGACGCACUCUGUCGCAUUUAUCGCAAGCUCGUCUCCAACUGUCAAUAUGCAGCUAAAACUCUUGCCUCCAGUUCCUCGAGCGCCGCCAUCGCCAAACCUCAUGCAGCCGUCGAGGGCAUCGAUCGAAUUGUGUUCCGCGAGCUGUUGCACAGCACCUUUGACAUUGUGACCGAGGAGAUUCUGAUGGAGCGCAUCUUCUGCAGUUGGGACAAGGCCCACGAAGGUUUGCCGCUACGUCUUGAGGGUUGGCUCAUCGGUUUAUCGACUUUUUUGCGAGGGACGCCAGCGGAACGUGCUGCAUUCUGUUUUCGUGUUUACGAUUUGAACACGGAUGGAUUUAUUACCAAGGAUGAAAUGUUUACGCUACUGCGGAAUUGUCUCAUCAAACAGCCACAGGACGAGGAUCCAGAUGAGGGUGUCAAGGAUCUGGUUGAGAUUGUGCUGAAAAAGUUCGACAUCGACAAGGAUGGAAAGGUCUCCCUGGAUGACUUUAUGGGCACCGUUGCAGCUGAACCUUUGCUUAUCGAGGCCUUUGGUCAAUGCUUGCCCACGGAUAGCGCCGUUGUGUCCUUCUUCUCCACGCUACAAGUUUAACAAGUUCUCGUAGACAUCUUUCGUUAUACCCUGGAAUUCUAGCACAUCACACAAUAGACGAUUAAAUA